GUUACUUAACCUUAAAACUUUAUUAAACUGAAUUUUAAUUUGAAUAGUAAAUAAUAGGCUUUUUUUAUUGUAAGUAUGUAGUAAAAAUUCAUUGGUGUCUUCAAAAUGGAUGAAAGCAUGAAAAGUAGUUUCUUGGAACGUGAAAAUGUAACUCCAAUUUCAAGUUCCUAUCAAAUGAAACCUCCUGCGGAAGACAAAUUCCAAGAAUUGAUGGUAAAAGAAAUUGUUCGAAACAUUUUAGCAGAAUCACUAGCUGCAAAGAAAUACGACAGUGAAACUAUCAAAAACCUAACCACUAGUAUUGCUAACCGCAUUAAUCAUGCAGUAAAAGAGCUGAAAUUGAAAAGAUACAAACACAUAGUUCAUGUAAACAUGGGAGAAAGAAGGGGACAAGGUGUUAAGAGUGGUUUUAUUUGCCUUUGGGACUCAGAGACUGACACGCAUAUCAGUGAAACGUAUAUAAAUGAUUCCCUGUUUUGUGUUGCUACGGUAUUUGCUGUUUACUUAUAUUAGAUUUGGUGUGAUUUCUUUUCCCAAAGCUUGAAAUGUAACAUUUAUAUAUAGUAUUUAUUGAGGUUGUUGCAUAAAUGCUUUGUAUAUAUUUAA